UUUGUCGGGUUGUGUAGAGUGCAACGUCUUUGUGUGUAUAUAAUUUAAUUAUUUACGCUUUAUUGAUUGAACUAAAAAUGUGUGCCUUUCUAUUACAUGCCCUCACUGUAACGUGAUGAAUGGAGAAUUAUUGAUGAAACUGAAGGUGUUCCAUCGACGGCAAUACGUGAGAUUUCGCUGCUUAAAGAUUUGACCCACAAUAAUAUUGUGCAACUCUUCGAUAUAGUGGUUGCGGAUUCCAGCUUAUACAUGGUAUUUGAAUAUCUCAAUAUGGAUAUGAAAAAACUUAUGGACAAGAAAAAGGAUGUAUUCACGCCUAAGCUUGUGAAGAGUUACAUGCAUCAGCUGUUGGAUGCUAUAUGCUUUUGCCACACCAAUCGCAUACUGCAUCGUGAUCUCAAACCACAAAAUCUGUUAGUUGACACCGAGGGCAACAUUAAAUUGGCAGAUUUCGGUUUGGCGCGUGCCUUCAAUAUGCCAAUGCGCGCUUAUACACAUGAGGUGGUAACACUAUGGUAUCGCGCACCAGAAAUUCUCUUGGGCACGAAGUAUUAUGCGACCGGUAUGGAUAUUUGGAGUUUGGGUUGCAUAUUUGCGGAAAUGAUAAUGAAGCGUUCACUUUUUCCCGGUGAUAGUGAAAUUGAUCAGUUAUAUCGCAUAUUUCGCACCUUGGGCACACCGGACGAAAAAGUUUGGCCUGGUGUUACGCAAUUACCCGAUUAUAAAGCCAAUUUUCCACGUUGGGAAAAAACGAAUAUACCUGAGGUGCUUGUGAAACACGAAGCUUAUGAUCUCUUUAAGAAUAUGAUGCUUUAUGAGCCAAAUGAACGAAUAUCGGCGAAAAAUGGCAUGAUACAUCCCUACUUCGACGACGUGGAACACGUGAAACAUGUGGAACUGCCCGUGGAUACGCCUUAGUUGCUAGUUUAGCCUAGAUUUUCUAAUUUAAAUCACUUUUAGCUAAUUUAUAUGUAUAAAAAAUAUUGAAAGUCACUGCCGUUUUAAGUAGUACAUGUCAACAUUUACUUUGUUAAAUACGUUCUUUAAUAAUGAAAUAUAAAUAGUAUUUUUUAUUUAAUUAAA